GGGCGGUUCUGACCGCAUCUAUCGCAAUUGUCAACGAACUGCCAAAACUGUUAUAUAAUCCAGACAUUCGUUUGGGACAUUACCCUUUGCUUAUGUGCUACGUUAUGAACUGAAAAGGUUUUGCAACAGUCGCCGUGGAACACAGAUCGUCAUCUCAAAAAGCAGCUGGAAUCAGCCUAAACUACACCUGUUUCUCGACUCGAGCUCACCGAGCGACGGCUGGUGAAAUAAAUGAAAGAAAUGAGCCGAGAGAAAUAUGUGUCGUUGCGAAAGAAUAAAAUUUCGAGCUUGCGAGACAAAGGAGCGCGAAUUUUGCACAGCAAGCACGUUCUGAUGAUGGUCGUUGUUCUGAAUCUCGCCGACUGUUGUCUCGUCCUCGGCGAACUCAUUCUUGACAUUCACUUCAUCAAAGGACUUCGCGAUGAGACCGAGCAGCAGUCCGAGAAAUUCGUGAAGACAAUCGUGAAUAGGUACCCCGAUGCGCUGACCGGAUACCCGACAGAGGAACUGGGCGACAUCUUCAAGCUCCUGUACGCAGCAGACUGCUCGUGGCCCCCACGCGAAGAAGCUUUUCUUCCGCACGAAAAUGAGGCGUUUAUAAAAAAUGACGAUACUGAUGAUGAAGAUAGCAAUAAUGAAAUAAGUCAAGACAAAAAUAGUGAUGAUAAUGCUAGCGAUUUUAAUACUGAUGAUAGCGAUGUGAAAACUGAUUCUAGUGAUGAUAGCGAUGAUAAAACCGGUCUCAACGCCACGCGAUUAAGGAGAAAUGCCGACUACAGAGCUAACCCCUCAGCGAACAGCAACAUCCAUACCAUGAAGGAACCUGCCUACAAGAUCCCGCAAUCCGUCCCUGAUGUCCAAGGUACCGACACGUACGCCAAAACUCACACGAUGAUUGUGAAUGUGGCGCACGGUCUUCACAAGGCCAGCAUCACGAUCCUCGGCAUCCUGUUCUUCGAGAGCAUUCUUAAGAUUAUUUGCAUGGGGAAACACUUCUUGGAACACAAGCUAGAGGUGUUCGACGUAGUGGUGGUGACCGUGUCAUUCGUUGUGGACUUGGUGCUUAUUAAGGGUCUAAUGUGGAUGAAGGUGCAGGACGCCGUGUUUAUCCUCUCCCUUUUGUUGCCAUGGAGAGUCAUCCGUGUCGUCAACAGUCUGAUAGUGGCGGUUUUGGACCACGAGCACUUCCGGCUCAAGAUGAUGCAUAAGGAGAAGAAGGUGAUCGCCGGUCGGCUGGAGACACUGGAGAAAACCGCCAAACAAUGGAACUUGCAUCUGAAGCAGAUUGAAGCGUUUUGUGAGAGCGAGGGAAUUCCCAACUGGAAGAUCCGUCCGUAUACAGCUCUGUGGAGAAAGGAGUCGACAAUAAGCAAAAUGGCGUCCCUUGCACUAAGCGGCAUACUGCCUGGAAUAAUCAUGGGUCCGUCGGACAAAAAAAUGUUCGGAACAUUGGAAAAUUGUUUCGCACAAAUUGCAGAUUCAAAAGACUGCGCAACAAAGUCAAAUACUAAUACUAGUAACGCUUUCAUCCCGUCCGCCAGCAUGCCAAUAAUCAUGCACACCAGACACAACGUGCCAGAGGUAAAUAUUGAGAUUGACGACGAAAGCGACGACUCAAAUGACGGCGAAAAUCUCAUAGAACCUGUCACCGGAAGUCGCUCAAAUAUGAGUAGGAGCGGAAGUCCGUACCUCACGCCCGUACAAUCCAUGCUUUCCGAUCUAAGUCACAGCAUUCUUAUGAUGGGAACCACUCCACCGAGGAUGACGUUGGACCUCAGCACAGAUAUGCGACCCCUGAUGUCAGACCAGACGUCAGAUCAGACGUCCACAGAUUCAGACGAGAUCUACGAAGCAAUUGGUGAAAUAAAGCCGCGCAGUGAAGUUAAUACUAUUAAAGCCAAUCCUCUCUAUGGCGUCGUGAAAACUGAAUCAAUGCUCAGGGACGUAACUAUUUGGCAGCUAGAACGAGAUAUGAUUAGCAAGUGACACUAGAUCAGGUCCUGAAGCUCUGUAAUUCGGUCCGAACGUUUCUCGCUUGUUAUACGACUGCUCUCCGCCAGCAAGUGUUUCCACGUAUAAAUGCUUCAACCAGAGUUGAACAGUUUAUUCCAAAGAUUGUAUCUUACAUCAUUAACGUUUUGUUGCAAUUCGCGAAUUUAACAAGAAUGUGCAAUAACAUCAAUGAAACUUCUAAAUCUUUUUAACAGGUUUGUUUCACUUAUUUUUUUUUUUUAAUUAAGUUAAUUUCGCCAAUAGGAACGAAUGUUGGCCACUCCAGGUGUGCAAAGUCUGCGGGUACAAUGGCAUUUUAUGUGAACUUUUGAGUUGCUCCGCAGUUGGAAAAAAGAUUGAGGACUAUGUAUACAGUUUGGGACAUUAUGUAGUAUUUCAAACAUGUGUUAUUUUAUUAUGAUUUUUAGCUUUUAUUUUAUUUUAUUAUUUUUAUUAUUAUAUUUGUAAAGCAAGUGUUAUUUACAUAAUAAAAUUAAGUUUUUAAA